GGUGACCACGAUCGCGGUGUAGAACUUAAAUCAGUUGUCGCCAGUAACUCCUUGGGAUAAACAUAAAUCAAUUAAUUACGGAUACCUUAAAAAAAAAAACUGCACUAAAAAAUUUUAAAGUGAAAAAAUGACUGUGGAAAUAUCAAAAGGUCCUGUAGUUGGCACAAGACAUUUGCAAGCCUUUCUCAUAUUUCUAUCAAUUGUUGUUAAUUAUGUUGCCAAGUUCAAUAUUAGUGUUGCCGUUGUCGCAAUGACCGAUUCAGCAAAUGCAAAUCCAAAUUUUGAGGAAUACGACUGGACUCCAGCACAAAAGUCAUACAUUUUAAGCAGUUUCUUUUGGGGUUAUGCGAUAACUCAAUUCCCUGGCGGUUAUCUGUGUCGUUUAAUUGGUGCCAAAUGGACAAUGUUUAUAUCCACUUUAGGAUCAGCUGCUUUUGCUAUAAUCACUCCAUUUUUAGUACCUCUUGGCUGGGGAGUUUUCUGUGCGAUAAGAGUGGUUCAAGGUCUCUUUCAAGGCUUUUUGUUUCCAGCAAUUCAUGCUCAUUUAGCAAUGUGGGCACCAGUUGAAGAACGUAAUAGAUUAGGAGCACUCAGUAACACUGGAAUCGAAUGUGGAACCCUAGUUGCUAUGUUUUUAAGUGGUAUUAUAGCUUCAUCAAGCAUGGGCUGGCCGGGUAUUUCGUACGUCUCAGGAGGUCUUGGAUUGAUUUGGUGUGUAAUUUGGUUGAUUUUUGCAUCCGAUACUCCUGCUGGAUCGAGAUUUAUUUCCCAUGAAGAAAAGUCGUACAUCAUGGCUUCAUUGAACCAACAACAAAAAGGAGUCGAAGUUCAAAGUAUACCAGUUCCUUGGGCUGCCAUGUUGACAUCAUUACCAUUCUGGGCUUUAUUGGUUGCCCGUUGUGCUGAAGCUUGGGGUCUGUCAACUUUGCAAACACAAAUUCCAUCCUACAUGAGUGGAGUCCUUGAGAUGGAUGUGAAAUCAAGUUCCCUCUAUUCAUCGCUGCCUUAUUUGGCAAUGUGGAUUAUGUCCUUUGUCUAUUUGAUUUCUUCGGAAAUCUUACUUUCGAAAAAAUGGCUAACUCUAACAGGACUUCGGAGAUCAUUUAGUACAAUAGCUUCUUGGAUUCCAGCUAUAGGACUGAUAGGAAUCGGAUUUCUUGGAAAAGAACAGAAAACUUUGGCUAUUACUUUGAUGAUUGUUACUGUGGGCUUGAAUUCAGCUGCCACAAUUGGAAGUGGUUUGAAUACAAUUGACUUGUCACCAAAUCAUGCUGGUAUCAUUAUGGGCAUUGUUAAUAGUGCUGCAAAUUGUGUUCCAAUUAUUACGCCAUUAUUGGUUGGAUUUAUUGUUGUUGAUGAACACGAAAGAUCAGAAUGGCAGAUCGUGUUUAUAAUCUCAGCAGUGAUCUUCUUCUUUGGAAAUCUAUUCUACAUAAUCUUUGGUUCAACAGAUCUUCAACCCUGGGAUGAUGAAAAUUUCCUUCGACCAAACCCAAGAAUAGUUUAUGAUAUUAAACCGAGACCUUCACAGCCAAUUAUUUUAGUAAACAUGUAAUCUAGAUUAAA